AAUGACUGUCUGUGUGAAGAGUGAAGAAGACGAAGGUCCAAGCGAAGAGAGCGGAGCAGCGAAACUUUCGAGCGACAGCUCAUUUCAACACCUGACAACAAAAGGAGAGGGACGAUCGCAACCUGACGGACUACAAGUCUUUCUAUCCAUGGAUCGCUUCAACAGAAUGUUAAUAAUGACGUCACAGUGGAAGAUCUUCAGCUGGAGAAGAGCUGUCUCCCUCAUGUUAACCAGGAGGAGUCGGCUAUGGCGUACAUCAAACAGGAGGCGGAGCCAGAAAGCCCCAGCAUUAAAGAAGAAAAACAGGAUAAGGAAAUCUCCAAGUUUCCAAUUACUGUCGGUGUAAAAAGUAAAGAAGAUGAAGGUCCAAGCGAAGAAAGCAGCGCAACAAAACUAGCAAGCAGUAGCUUGUUUCAACACCUGCGAACAGAAGGUGAAGGACGAUCGCAACCGGACGACCUCUUAGAGCCAUUCUCGGACAGCGACGACGUAACAUCACACUCUUCUGACUAUAACACUGAUGAGGAGAAUGUUGACUUUGACCAAAAUGUUUCGAAAUUCUCAAACAAGUCAUCACUGAAAAGCGACAAAAAAGAAUGCGCGGGUGGGAAACCUUUUUCCUGCUCACAUUGUGAUAAAACAUUCACUACCAAGGAAUAUUUAAUCGUACACACUCAUACACACACUAGAGGAAAGCCUUUUGUCUGCGAAUUUUGUGGUAAAAGAUUCACUCAUGAAAGAAGUUUGAAUGUACACAAAAGAACACACAGUGAAGAGAAGCCUUUCGUCUGCUCUCUCUGUGAUAAAACAUUUUCUAGGAAGCAUUCGUUAACGAAACACACGAUGACACACACCAGAGACGAGCCUUUUAUCUGCUCUGUUUGUGAUAAAAGAUUUUGUACGAAAUAUCAGUUGACAAGACACACGAGGACACACACUGGAGAGAGGCCUUUCGUCUGCUCUCUCUGCAAUAAAAGAUUCUUUACGAAGCAAGACUUAACAAGACACAUGAGGACACACACAGGGGAAAAGCCUUUUGUCUGCACAUUUUGUGGUAAAAGAUUCACUCAAAAAAGAAGUUUGAAUGUACACAAAAGAACACACAGUGAAGAGAAGCCUUUUGUCUGCUCUCUCUGUGAUAAAACAUUUUCUAGGAAGCAUUCGUUAACAAAACACACGAGGUCACAUACUGGAGAGAAGCCUUUUCUCUGCACAUUUUGUGGUGAAAGCUUCACCCAGAAGAGAUACUUGAAUACACACACGAUGACACACACCAGAGACAAGCAGUUUAUCUGCUCUGUUUGCGAUAAAAGAUUUUGUACGAAAUAUCAGUUGACAAGACACACGAGGACACACACUGGAGAGAGGCCUUUCGUCUGCUCUCUUUGCGAUAAAAGAUUUUUUACGAAGCAAGACUUAACAAGACACGUGAGGACACACACAGGGGAAAAGCCUUUUGUCUGCACAUUUUGUGGUAAAAGAUUCGUCCAGAAGGGAUAUUUAAAUACACACACGAGGACACACAUUGAAGAGAAGCGUUUCUUCUGCUCUCUUUGCAAUAAAAGAUUUUGGAGCAAGGACGUCUUAACAAGACACAUGAGGACACACACUGGAGAGAAGCCUUUCGUCUGUUCUCUUUGCAAUAAAAGAUUUUUUACGAAGGAAGACUUGACAAGACACACGAGGACACACACAGGGGAAAAGCCUUUUGCCUGCACAUUUUGUGGGAAAAGAUUCACCCAGAAGGGAUAUUUAAAGGAACACAUAAAAACACACACCGGAGACGAGCCUAUUGUCUGCUCUGUUUGCGAUAAAAGAUUUUGUACGAAGCAAGCGUUGGCAAGGCACUCGCAAAGACACCAGGCAAAAGGUUCACCCGGAAGCGAGAAUUAAACGAUUGCGCAAGAACAUACACCAAGGAGAUACCUAUCACUUGCACCGUGUGCUGUAAAAACCUUCUCUUAAAGGAAACCAAGGACAACUUGUACUUCUUAAAAGAUAAGUGUUAGUAUGAGUUAUAAUAAUUUGAUAUUCUAGAGCUGUCCCGACUAGUCGACAGGCAAAACAUACCAUCGACGGUUAAUGACGGGUUAAAAAAGAAAAAUUACAUGCAGAUAAAGUUUAGAAUGGCGGGCGCUCGUGAUUCAAAGGGUUCUUACUGGCACCCCCAAGGGAGCCGCUGUUAUUCUCAAUAUGACUGGCAUUGUCAGAUUGAGCAGAGGGAAAGAAAGUGGGCGAGCGAGAGAGAGGGAGCGAGAUAGGUGAGUUGGGAAAGUGCGCGGGGCGGUUAGCGCGGAGUUA